AUGAAGAUCUUCGUCAAGACAUUGAAGGGCACCCAUUUCGAGAUCGAAGUCAAGCCGGAAGACAGCGUGGCAGAUGUGAAAAAGAAAAUAGAAACGAUUCAAGGAUCAGAUGUCUACCCUGCUUCUCAGCAAAUGCUCAUCCAUCAGGGGAAAGUUCUAAAGGAUGAGACAACACUUGAGGAGAACAAAGUAGCUGAAAAAAGUUUCAUUGUCAUCAUGUUGAGCAAGAACAAGGCUUCAUCAAGUGCGGCUGCAACUGCAUCAACUGCACCUUUGAGUACGAACCAACCGGCAAGUAAUACUCCUCCACCAGCACAAUCUGUAACAGCAUCUCCGACUCCUGCAUCAACUUUGGCACCUCCACAAUCUACCCCUGAAUCUGUUCCUGCAGCUGCUCCAGCUCCUGCCCCUGCCCCUGCUUUCUCAGAGACAGAUGUUUACGAUCAAGCAGCAUCAAAUCUUGUUGCUGGAAGUAACUUAGAGACCACUGUUCAGCAAAUUCUUGAUAUGGGUGGAGGUAGUUGGGAUCGAGAUACAGUUGUAAGAGCUUUACGUGCUGCAUAUAACAAUCCAGAGAGAGCUGUUGAAUACCUCUAUUCUGGUAUACCUGAGCAAGCAGAAGUCCCUCCUCCUGUUGCUCAACCUCCUGCAGGUGGGCAGGCUGUGAAUCCUUCAACCCAGGCAACAGAGCCACUGGUGCCUUCGAGUGGACCCAAUGCCAAUCCUUUAGACCUUUUUCCACAGGGAAUGCCAAAUGUGGGUUCAAAUGCUACUGGUAACUUGGAUUUUCUUCGCAAUAGUCAACAGUUUCAAGCUCUGCGGGCCAUGGUGCAAGCCAAUCCUCAAAUCUUGCAGCCUAUGCUUCAAGAGCUGGGGAAGCAAAACCCACAAUUAGUGAGGUUGAUUCAAGAACAUCAGGCUGACUUUCUACGCCUAAUAAAUGAACCUGUUGAAGGGGAGGGGAACAUAUUAGGGCAGCUUGCUGAAGCAAUGCCGCAGACUGUGACUGUCACACCUGAAGAGCGGGAAGCAAUUGAACGUCUUGAAGCUAUGGGUUUUGAUCGAGCUUUGGUGUUGGAAGUAUUCUUCGCUUGCAACAAGAACGAGGAGCUGGCUGCAAACUAUCUAUUAGAUCAUAUGCACGAGUUUGACGAGUAA